AUGUUUCUUGUUGGUUGCUAUGUGCUUUCAGAGGACUAUGGGAGUAUGCUGCUUGCGGAGGCUCUACUGGAAGAAUGUUUGAAGGAAAACUUUGCCAAACUGAAGGACUCCAUUCCACUGAUAGAGAAGAACGAGCCAAAACUGAGUGAAGCUAAACAGUAUCUUACCAAUAUCUUAAACAGAGGAAAACUACGGCCUAAGUACAUGACAGAAACUAUGCUGAUCCUUGGAAAGCUUCAUUAUGUGGAGGGAUCCUACAGAGAUGCCAUCAGCAUGUACGCAAGAGCAGGAAUUGAUGACCUCUCAACAAAAGAUGAACCUCUGUACAUGCUGCGUUUGGUGACUGAAGCCUUUGUUAUUAAAGGUCUGUCACUGGAGCGCUCAACCAACUCAAUUGCCUCACGUGCUCGACUGUGUGAAAGGGAGCAGGAAGUCAUGGCUUGUUUUGAGACAGCGUGUGUCAUUGCCCAGGUAUACUUGCAGGAGCUUGAAAAGACCUUCAGCAACACACAUUCAAGGAGUAUCAAGGGCAGCAGCAUGACUUACUCUGAGUUUGAACUUUCCUACUUCCUGGAAGCAGCUCUACAGAGUGCCUAUGUGACUCAUUUAAAGAAGGGAAAUAUUGUGAAAGGAGUGAGGAGUCUGCGAGAACUACUACGGACUGUGGAAACCAAAGCUACUCAGACCUUAAAAAUGACUGCAGCCAAACAGCUAGCCCAAGUACUUCUCCAUUCCCUCAGUGAAGACUGUUACUGGAGCCCUUUAUCUGAUCCGCUUCCUGAGUUCAUGAACAAGGAAGAUCAGUCUUACGUUAGCAAUCUUCUUUGUCGGAGGCCUGAGCUGUACACAGAAGAGAAUACGUACUGCCCUCAAGACAACGUAGAAGAGGCUCUUCUUCUCCUCUUAAUCAGUGAAUCCAUGGCCAACCGGGAUGCAGUGAUCAGCCGAGCCCCAGAGCAGCAGGAUGACCGAGCUGUCAGCCUCCGGGAUGCUUCUGCAGUCUACGACCUCCUCAGCAUCACGCUGGGCAGGAGAGGGCAGUAUGUCAUGCUUUCUGAGUGCUUGGAGAGAGCCAUGAAGUUUGCGUUUGAUGAAUUUCACCUCUGGUACCAGCUUGCCCUGUCCAUGGUGGCUUGUGGAAAGUCAGCAUAUGCUGUGUCAGUGCUCAAAGAGUGUGCUAAACUGCGACCUACAGAUCCCACCAUUCCUCUCCUGGCUGCCAAGGUCUGCAUUGGGUCGCUGCACUGGCUGGAAGAAGGAGAAUGCUUUGCUAAAAUGGUGAUAGACCUUGGUGAGGAUGCUGGAGAGGCCCUAGCAAAGGGUUACCUGGCUCUGGGCCUGACAUACAGUCUUCAAGCUACUGAUGCUACUCUGAAGGACACUCAGGAUGAAUUAAACAAGAAAGCACUUCAGACUUUGGAGAGAGCACAUGACCUGGCCCCGGAAGAUCACCAAAUCAUCCUCUACCUGUCACUGCAGCUGGCUCUUGUCAGACAGAUUUCUGAUGCUAUAGAACAUCUUCAAGAAGCACUGCAACUAUGCAAAGAUGACAUGAAUUCACUUCAUCUACUGGCCCUCCUCUUUUCAGCUCAGAAGCACUAUCAGCAUGCACUGGAUGUUAUCAACAUGGCUGUUGUUGAAUACCCAGAAAGCUUUAGCUUACUCUUCACCAAAGUAAAACUGGAAUGGAUACAUAAAGGACCUGAAGAGGCUCUGGUGACAUGCAGACAUAUGUUGCAGAUGUGGCAGAUGGUAUAUAAUGUUUUACAGCACAGUGGCUCUGAGAAAGGAAGUAGUGUGACCGAAACACCGGUGAUCAAAAAGCAUAAUGGACUGCAUCUCACACUCCCGGAUGCUCAUGAUACUGAUUCUGGAUCACAGCGAGCCUCUUCCCUUGCUGCAUCACGACUGGAACAGGCCAUGUCCGAAAUAACUAUGCAGAGCAGCACAAUGAAGCAAGGACCAAUGCAGCUGUGGACAACUCUUGAACAAAUUUGGCUACAAGCUGCUGAACUCUUCAUGGAACAACAGCAUCUCAAAGAAGCGGGCUUUUGUAUCCAGGAGGCAGCUAGUCUUUUCCCCACAUCUCAUGCUGUACUGUACAUGCGUGGGAGGCUUGCAGAGAUGAAAGGCAAUUUGGAGGAGGCUAAGCAAUUGUAUGAUGAAGCGCUCACAGUGAAUCCAGCUGGAGUGGAAAUUAUGCACAGCCUGGGUCUGGUGCUCAACAGACUUGGGCGGAGGGACCUGGCCCAGAAAGUCCUCAGAGACGCCAUCCGGAUCCAGACCACCAGUCACAGAGCCUGGAACAGCCUUGGAGAGGUUUUGCAAGCUCAGGGGAAGAACGAAGCAGCCAUCGAAUGCUUCCUCACCGCUCUGGACCUGGAAUCCAGCAGUCCUGUCAUCCCGUUCACUGUCAUACCCAGGGAGCUCUGAAGCUCUGCCCUGCAGCUGAGCGCCUUCAUUGCCUGGACAGACACCAAAAACAAAUAAAUAAACAAAGGAAAAGCCCAACAGAAAAGUGCCAUUGUAACCUGGAACUGGGCAAAGUAAUUCCAGGAUGGGCUUAAGCCUGCAUGCUUAGCUGAGACAAGCCUAACUGUAGAAGAAUUUGCAACAGGCAGAAAUAUAGAAUGCCUUUUUCUUCACAGGUGCCUGGCUAACCUCCCGUUCAAGUUAGGCUUGAGUUAAGCAAGUGAAGCAAGGCUCAUUUCUAAGUGUUGGCUCAAGGUGACUGUCUGUAGAAUAGGUCAUGCUGGAGUACAGCUGUUCUAAGCACUUGCACCUUUCAAUUUUCAUUAAAGAUAAAACCCCCAAGCCCUGAAUUAAAGCCUGGACCUACUCUAAAGAGGAGUAAAUGCACCAAUUAACUUGACCAAGUGGUGCUUAAGCAUGUGGCUGCCUCCACACCAAUCUGACAGAACAGGAGUGACAAUUAAACAAUAUAGACAUGCAGUAUAUGCCGUUUACAAAAUUAUUUCAGCUAUUUUGAUAAUCCUUUUUCCUGCCUUGCUCUUAUAUACUGCAUAUGCUCACUAUAUUUAGUGUGGCGCUUGCCUAGACCAAUUUAAAUUAAAAAUACUUUUUUUUAAAAAAGCUGCUAUUGCAGUAUGAGUGAGAAAAGCAGAAAGACCAAAGAGGUUCACACUUGAACUAGUAUUAAAAACAUAUAUGUAUCUCCAAUUACAUAUUUAUUGAAAGGGCUUACAUGAAUUAGCUAAUUAUAAACUCAGAGCUUCAUUCUUAUUACUCACCUAUUGCAUCACUGUUAGUGAGGAAUGUAGUGAUUACCAGUAUAUAGUGACUGAACUUUGUUCUCGCCUGCAUUACCAUUCCUGGCACAAAACAUUUUCAUAUCCAUCUUUUCAUGACACAAAAGCUGGCAGCAGUCUUUUGAGGGAAAGCGCGCUGAAGGCACUGUGUGUAUACAUGAAUUGCUUCUGUCUUAAAACCAAAUCUUUGGAUUGUCUGUAGAAAUUUCGCAUCAGAAGUGGGGAGUCGAGACUUCAGCGGGGCAGGAUCAUUUUGCGUAUUGUAUCAGGUGUAAGAGUGAUCUCUUCAGAGAGAGCUCCUGAUCCACGCCGCCUCCCCGGGGCUGGCCAAGCCAGGGGGGGGCUGCAGCCCCUGCUGAGCUGCUCCUUGGCUGUGCUUGAUGUCCCCGGGGCCGCCGUGGCUGGGCAGGACUGUACCCUGCUGCCACACGCCAGGGCCAGACCCGGCCACACCAGCCCCGAGAUGGAGAUGAUGCAGAAAUGAGCCACGGGCGCUUUUCUACACAAAAAGGUCGGGGGGCUCUGUGCCCGUUUCUGUCCAAAGACGAUUCGUGACUAUUUCAUAAGUUGUUUUGCACUAAAACACACUUUGUACUAUAAUUCUGCCCAGUAUUGUGAUCCGCAACUAGUUCAUUCCAGAAAUAAUAAUAUUCUCAGGCAAUAAAUGAGUAGAGGUUAUUUCUUAAAGAGCCUGAAGCUCUGGCAGCAGAGUUGAAGUCGGUGUUGUUUACAAUUAUUUGGAAAUCUGCAGGUUAAUGGAGAGGUGGCCCCUCGUGCUGCUCCCAGACCGCACCAUCGCCGAGCUCCUGCCUCCCCUCGGACGUACACUGCCCCCGGGUUGCUCUCAGCACCCUGUUGUGCUCCCAGGCCAAUAUGUUGGUUUUUUUUUUUCCAUUAAGUCUUGCUGAUGCAAUAGCGCAGCUUAUUCCUCUGUUCACGGAGGGAUGUGGAGUGAAGCAGCCCAGCCUGAAAGGCGCUCAGCCCAUGAGGUCUCUGGCUUUUCAGUGUCACACAGGCACCAAACUGAGCUUUUUAGGCCAGAGGCAGGUUUCCAAGGAGACAGUGUUACCCGGCCGCGUUUCUCCUUUGCAAUAGCACCAGCAGCAGAGGAAGGAGUAGGUGUUAAAGUACCAGAAUUAAAUGAGUUUCAUGAAGACAAAAAGACGCAGCAGAGACCCAUUUUGCUGUGAAGGAUGCUAUGAAGUUGGCUUGCUCUGCACUGCAGGUGGGAAAGGGGGAAAGGGAGGGGGAAGAGAUGUUUUGUUGACAUAAUAUGUAAAUUGUUACCCAGGUGUUUUAAACCCAGUUCCACAGUCAGAUGCAAUCUGACAAUAGACUUAAGUAGAUAUAAAUAUAGAGAGAUAUUAUAUUCCAAUAUUUGUUCUGCUCCCCAGUUCCCAGGGUGGGAGCGAGCCUUCUGUGUAAGGCACAAAAAAAAGAAUCAGCGUGGUCCAACAUCAACGCUUUCUUGUGGAACAUAUAUCUCUAAAGUGCUGCCAUAGCAACCUCUGUGUACCGGACAGCUAUUUGAGUACCAGCAGUGCAUCCACCUCUGUGACCGAGGAGCCUGCUCGGAGAGGUCUGUACCGUAGCUGGCAGGAGGGUGCCUGUUUCCCAGCAGCAGCUGAGAAGCAAACACUCACAGAUCCAUUUACCUUCUGCAUGUGCAGCUUGUAAACAGCCACCAGCCCAUCACAUUCGUUGCCAUCGGGCGAGCUUCACCUCGGUGAUAAGGAGACUUCCACAGCAAUCGUCUUCCUUGGAGAGGUGCACACGUGCACGGGUGCUUCCAGUGUCUCAGCUGGUCAGAUGUUGCCGGGGGGUCCUAUUAGGGAGUGCUACUGGUGUAGGGGUUGCCAUCCUUAGAGCCUCGGCUGCAUGGCUGGCAAGGAAGACGUUCAGGAGUAAAUGCCAUCAGCAGGAGUGACAUGGGUAAGGUGCCCUCCACCAGCGCCGCCCACUGCAGCCCCUGCCUCAAUGGCAAAGCACUUGGCACGGAAACUGGACUCGGGCCUGAGAUUUGCUGCAUGCUUCCCAGAGGAUGGGAAGCAGCCGUUGGCUGGAGGGAUGUCAUACUGGCCUGAAGUGCUCUGUACAGUGCAGCAAAGAGGUUGUUUCAGACUUGCAGGCGUUCUGGGGGUAAAUCCUUCAGCUACAUUAGUUAGUAGUGCUGACAAAAACACAAGCCUUCCCAAGCUUACAUGCUGCCUCUGUUCUUCACCGUGGAUUUUGUUCAUCCUGCCAGGUGCAGAAAAACAAAGACAGCUACAUCAGGCAAGCCUGUGUAUUGCAGAAUUUAUAUAGACAGCAAUGCUGAUAAAUCUAAUAGACCUACUUCCCGGGGCUCAGUAAUACUUCUUUGUAUAGCAGGGAGCCUGGCAUGCGUAACGCUCAGGGUUUGAGACUAAGAACCUAAGAUUUGCAUCCCAUCCCUCAUAGGAUCAUUACAGAUGACCAUAAGUAAUGGAAGUUUGGGGAACAAUAAGUGAAAUACCAAUUCUGCGAGUUUUAGCACGGACUUGAAUCCAACAGACUUUUCUCAUUAGUUUAGAAAGAGGAAGAGAAAAAAGGCAUCGUUGCCUAAACAAUCCAGGUAUACCCAGGUUCCUCUCGGUCCAACACAAGGUUAUUUUCCUUUAUGUUGGCAGGGUACAUACAAAAGAAAAAUAAUUAGCUCCUAUUUUUCUGUUGCACAAUAAAGGAGUAGUAUUUGCUGUUGCCUUUGACCAACAAGAAGGUUUGUAUAUGGUAACAAAAAUGACUCUGCCUCCAGGAUAACAGAAGGAGAAGCCCAACAGGCCAGGGAACAACCCCCCCUCCCUGCCUUACCCCGUGUAAACUGUCAUUAGCGCCACUGCAGUUGUUGGUAUUUAUGAGCAUUUCCUCCAGCUGAGGAUCUGCCCACCCGUAUAUUGUUCUGUACAGGGAGUACAACAGAGCUGCCAUAUUCCUGCGCUGCACAAGUACCCCAGCCCGUUUCUAUUGGUAACAGUUCAUGCUACUGAUUAUCACAAUGCUUCAGAAGUGCUAAUUAUCUUUUCUUGGUAAUGACUAAUAAAUCCAAAUGGAGAACAGUCCUGGAGGGUGUUUACUUUAAAAUUCACUGGCUGGGUACCAAAGUAGGCACAGCACUGACUGCUGCCGUUUGAAUUACAGUUAUUUUAUUCAAAAAAUGUUCCAUUUUUGGAGAGUCUUGGUGAAGGCAGAGUUUGGCUAGUUUAUAUUUCGUUUUAAUGACAGCAGAGUGGGAAACAAUCCUUUUUAGUGAAAAGACAUCACUGCCAUGAUCUUUUUUCAGCCAAACCAACCGAGAUUUGAUCGUUGCAAUUCAGCCUAGGAGAGGAAGGCUUCCCAGAGCAACCGUGCUGCAGCAGUAAUUGCCUCUGACGGAACUGUAUUACAGGCAUAUUUGACAAUUAUGCAACGAGCCUGUGUAGCUGAGACGUCUCUCCCUCCGCCAGCGUGUCACAUAUUUGGCUAAGGAGAGUUGCUUUCUGCCCAAAGGGACAUCUGCAGUGCCUGCCUGGGUGCCCAUCAGCACUGCCCUGAUGCCUGCUGUCACCUGUGAGGUAGCCGCUGCCACCAGCUGCAGGGUCUCGUUUGCCAGCACCCCCUCACUCAUGCUGGUUUCACCAACCCUCGGGCUGUUCCCUAAGCUUGGCCCCAGGUGAUGGUCUCCCCCCUGCUAAGCUGUUGUUCAGUGCUGCAGGGUAUCCGUGCACCGUCAGAUAAAGCAUUAUUUUCUGAGCAACGAGGAGCUGAAGGUAACCACUGACCCAGCAGCUGCCGAGAUGGUUCCUCCAUCUUUAACGAACCCAGCAAAACCUGGCAGGUUCCUGAGUAACUGGAUGCUAAAAGAUCCAGCUCGUUUCCCCACAGAAACACAUGCCAGUCCAUAGCAAGAACCACUGAUAGAGAUGCAACACUGCACCCUUGCAGAGCAGCCCGUGAUGACACAAGUAAGAACUUCUCAAGCUGGUCAGUGCUCAGAGAGGUGCUCAUACAAGUGUUCCCUACCUGCCACUUGACUGCUGUUAACGCGGUGGUCGGAAUCCGUUUUCCAUGUAACAACUUUUUUUCAUCAUUGGAAGAUGUUUUCAGCCGUUGAAUAAAAUUGACCCUGUGGAAACAAAAAA